AUGAAUGAACUCAGAAUGCAUCAAAGAAUUAUUCGACAAAAUUUAUUGGUGUUAUGUUUACUUUUGAGUUAUAAUGGAGUCCAAGGAGAAAAAAAGUUAUCCAAAUUGGAAGACAUGGAGUUAGAGAAACAAUUGAAACUUUUGAAUAAGCCAGCAAUCAAAACAGUUAAGACUAAAUAUGGAGAUGUAUACGAUUGUGUUGAUUUCUACAAACAACAUGCGUUUGAUCAUCCAUUGUUGAAGGACCAUAAAUUUCAUCCUAAGAUGAAGCCUACUUUACCUAUGAUAAAGCAAAAUUCAUAUGCCUCAACAACUAGUAGGUUAUCGACAAUAUGGUCAAAAGAUGGAGGUUGUCCUUCAGGAACUGUUCCCAUUAAGAGAAUCACAAAGAAUGAUCUUAUAAGACAAAGAGAUAUGCCACCGCCAGAACCUGCCAACUUCGACCACGAAUUUGCAGGCAGCAAUAACAAUAUUACUGAGCAAAAAGCAAGCUACAUGCCUUCUUAUGGAUAUAAGCGUGCCAUGGCUAAAACUCCAAAAGAUCCAAAUGCAAAGUUUACGGGAGGUGGAAUGGCAGCUAGUGUGUAUAAUCCUCACGUUGAAGGCAAACAACAUAGUGCUUGUCGACUAAGAAUUCAAAAAGGAUCGGAUAUCUUACAAACUGGUUGGAGAGUGGAUCCAACAUUAUAUGGGGAUAAUAAAACUAGAUUUUUCGUGCAUUUCCAGACAGGUAAAACCCAUUGUUUCAAUGUGUUAUGCCCAGGCUUUGUGCAAGUAAACCAUGAUAUACCUCUUGAUACUUCAUUCGAUCACAUUUCACAACGUGGAGUGAUAACAUGGGAGAUCAUAUUGUACAUUUAUAAGGAUCAAGUCUAUAAAAACUGGUGGGUUCUAGAGGGACAAAACUAUACACUAGUUGGUUUUUGGCCGCAUGCUAUCUUCACUGAGUUGGAAGGUUUUGCUACAAAUGUUGAUUGGGGAGGAGUUGCAUAUAAUCCACCAGGUGUACCUGAACCUCCAAUGGGCUCAAGCUAUUUUCCCAUUGAAAACUCUACUUUUGAUGCAUAUUGUAGGAGCAUUGCAGUUUCAAAUGAGGAAGGAGAUUCGGUAGGAAUAUAUAAUAUAGUCUGGCUUACUGAAAAUAUUUUUGCAUAUAAGGUUUUAUUCAAAACACUUUUGGAAGGUUCAAACUCUUUUACGUAUGUUCUUUAUGGUGGACCUGGUAAUAGUCCACAAGUGUAA